AUGUUCGCCACUUUAUUCCAUGAGAACUCAAACUCCUGUAGCGGUACUUUGGCUUCCUUCAGAUAUCUUAAGAACUCGCGCUCCUCUGGAUUCAGGAUCAACAGAGCAGUAUCUGAACGACAAUUUCUAGUCUUUGAUAAAAACGAUUUGUCAAAACCGAUCGCAUCGGAAGGUCUGGACGUCUCGCCGGCUAUACUGAUCCCGUUCUACGACACCGACAGUUCCACACUAUUGUUGACCGGAAAGGGAGACUCAACGGUAUACGCGUUUGAGAUCUCGUCGCCGACAGACAGUCCGCCAUUCAUUCACCAUUUGUCGCAUUAUAACGCACCCAAUCCUCACCAGUCGGUCGCCUAUCUCUACAAACGCUUUUGCGACGUCCGGGCCGUCGAGUUUGCGCGCGGACGUCGCCGACAGACAUCGGUCGCCUAUCUCUACAAACGCUUUUGCGACGUCCGGGCCGUCGAGUUUGCGCGCGGAUAUCGGUUGACACCGACCGCUGUCGAGCCCCUCUCCUUCACUGUUCCCAGACUUCGGACCGAGUAUUUUCAGGACGACUUAUUCCCGGCCACUCGUGUCCAGUGGGAGCCAACGCUUACGGCUGACCAAUGGUUUGCCGGACAGAACGGACAACCCAUGUAUAUAAGCCUAAAACCGGAAGAAAUGGGUUUGUUAUCGGAAGCACAACCGCCGGCGCCCACAAAGAAAGACAAUAUAAAUGAGAAAUCAUUACCGAUUCAGUUUGAGGGCGAUAUUCGGCUCAAGAGUUCGCUGGCAUUCCUUAGCGGUGGCCGACAGAAGGAGGAAAUGAUUAUUCAACAAAUGUCUGCAAAGGUUCAGUUCAAAGAGGAUGAAGAGUUGCCUCAAGACAACUAUGAAGGCGUUGAUCCACACGAAUGGGUAUUUAAUGAUGAUUUGGAUUUGAAACCNAAUGACAAACAGAUUAUUCAACAAAUGUCUGCAAAGGUUCAGUUCAAAGAGGAUGAAGAGUUGCCUCAAGACAACUAUGAAGGCGUUGAUCCACACGAAUGGGAGUGGUUCCUCAAAGAGGACAACAAAUCGGUGGUGAAGAACGAGGACUUACCGCAGAUGCGCGCCAAACAAGUGGCCGCACAAAUAGGAGCGGAUACUCGUGAGGUCGUCCACACGAUGAUCACUGUUUGGAUGGAUAUGGGAUUAAGCACUCAGGACAUGAUGAACCGCAUGAAAGAGAUUAAACAAAUCCAUUGGACGGCCAACAGGAAUGAACUGAAGACCGAUACCUCACGUCUGGAGCGACUGAUCCAAUACACGGACACAAAGUUGAGACAAAUUGAUGGGAUUCUCGCGAACUUAACGCUACCGACGUUUAGGGCGCCGACCGAUGUGUCGCGCAAAGAGUUGGGAAGAAUUCUUGUCUAUAAGUUCAGUGAAUUGGAAGCGCUUAAGAAGGAAAGGCUAAACCAAUUGACUAAACUUGAGUCAAAACGAGACAAAUUGUUGAAGAAUAUGAAUAUAAAGGCCAAAGAGUUGAGAAACGCUACUAAUAUCCCAUGCGAUGAAGAGUUGAUGCGUUUGCAGAGCUAUGUCUCGGAUCUGACGAAAGAGCUCUCAAAACGAUUCAAUAAAUUCAAGAAAAUAAUUGAAGAGCUCUUCAAAGAACUGGAAAGGGAUGUGAACUCAGACUUUGAGAAACUCCUCUUAUUUGAAGAAUCAAAUGAUUUCAUACUAUCCGACGAUCACAUGAAGAGAUCAGCGACUCUUCACUCAGAGCUCGAGACUUGUUAUCAACAAAACAACGACAAGAGGAAGAAAAUGGAGAAGAGAUUGGAUUCGCUUUGGAAUCAACUGGAAGUCGAACAGAGCUAUAGAGACGACUUCUAUCGCAAUAAGAAUGGAUGCAAACCAUCGGUUUUGGCUCUUCUCGCCGAUGAGGUGAUCAUAUGUGAAGAACUGAUGCAACAAAACGCCGAAAUAUUUAUUGAAAAAAUGGUAAACAAUAAUAUCUUGGAUUUGACGACCACUAGAAGUACGCCGGCGUCACCGCAACCCAAGAGCUCUUAUGGCGUAACUCCGGGUCGAUUACCCCGUAUUGCAGUCGGACAGAGGAAACGACCAUUUCUUCCCUUUUAAUCACAAU